UAUUGAUUUAUUUCAACUUCUGUUUUCCUUGUUAAUAUUAACAUGAACACUUGCUCUCCAUUUUUCUUCCUUUCACUCAUUGCCAUAUGGCUCAUAUCUCUAACAGCUUUUGGAGCUACUACCAUUCACCCGGACGAAAAGAAAGCUCUUGAAGAUAUAGGUAAAUCACUUGGUAAGAAGGAUUGGAACUUCGACAUAGAUCCAUGCAGCAACAAACCUAACUGGUUUACGCCUCCCAUACCCAAAAUCUUAGAAAACAAUGUAACCUGUAACUGCUCUGUUCCUAGUGACAACUUCUGUCAUGUUACUAUAAUAAGUUUGAAAGGGCAAAAUCUUCAAGGCAGUCUCCCACGGGAACUGAACAGGUUGCAAUACCUUCAAACUAUUGACCUCUCUCGCAAUUACUUGAACGGUACAAUUCCUAAAGAAUGGGGCUCCAUGACGAAUCUUCUUAACAUUAAUCUCCUUGGAAAUCGAUUAACGGGUUCAAUACCAAAGGAGAUUGCAAAUAUAUCAACCCUGAUUCAGUUGGAGUUAACGGCUAAUCAAAUGUCUGGAAAUAUUACUUCUGAGCUUGGGAAUCUCCCCCAGAUUCGAACACUGCGAUUUUCGUCUAACAAUUUUUCUGGAGAGCUACCUGUGACAUUGGCCAAGCUCGCUACAUUGCAAGAGUUCCAAAUUUCGGACAACCAAUUCUCAGGAAAGAUACCCGAUUUUAUUCAGAACUGGACUAAUAUCAAUACGCUAAUCAUUCAAGGGAGCGGAUUAAGUGGACCAAUUCCUUCCGAAAUUUCACUAUUGAAAAACUUAACCGACUUGAGAAUUAGUGAUUUAAAUGGAUCUGAAUAUGCACCUUUGCCGCAACUUAAAAAUAUGACAUCGUUAAGCAAACUGCUUCUAAGGAAUUGCAACAUCAAUGGAACACUACCUGAUCUCGGGACUAAGGCAUCGUUAAAAUACUUAGACUUCAGCUUUAACAAAUUAAGUGGAACAAUUCCAAGUACCUACGCUGACAUAAACGAUAUUAUGAACUUCAUAUUUUUAACUGGAAACCUUCUCACUGGACCAAUACCUUCUUGGAAAACGAACGUAUACGUGUAAGUUAUUUUUUAAUUCUACUUGUAUGAUUCCUUCGAUUGAACAAUGUGCUUUAUUUAUGUUGCAAAUAUAUUAUAAUUUAGGGAUAAGACUCAAUUCGCCCCAUCCGUAUGAGGCAAAUAUGACAAAUUUCUGUUUUUCAUGUGCUGCUUACCCAUGGAAUUUCCAACAAGUUUCUCUGGUGUUCAUUUGGACAGAUUGAGACAGCUAAAAGUAGUUCGACUCAUUGAGUUACUAAGCAACACUAUUAUGUAGUAUA